UUUCACUCCCGGCCUGAAAGACCCUCUGCGGCCUCCGGGAACGCGGCUCCAUCGCAAGAAGCCCCGCCCCCUCUGUUGGCCACGCCCCCUUGGGUCCCUCCCCUAAACAGCCAGCAGGAAUCCAACCAAUGAAACCUUCCCACUCUCCUCGUUCAGCCAAUGAGCGUUAAGCCUGGAAAGGUGGCCCGCCCCUGGCUGGGCGGUUCCGAGACGGGCACCAAAGGGAAAUUCACCAACAGCUGUGAGGCUUUGGGCAUUGGCCACGCCCUCCAGGCCACGCCCCCAUCUGGCCUCCAGGACUCUCAGCGCGGGUUUUCCUGUAUCCAGUAACGUGGUUUUGUUUGUCUGUUUAAAUGCGGGGCCUAAUGUCCCCUUCAAGCCCCUCAGAUUGGGUCUGUGUCUCCCCUAGAGCCUUAGGCCAGGGUCCUGUCCCCUCUGGGACCGGCCGGUGCUCUCCGAGGACCGCGCAGAGUGGGGCGACCCCAGAUCCCGGGCUGCCUCCCUUGUGGCCCAUCCGCCCUACAGAAAUCCAAACGCUCAUUGGUAGGUUCCUUGCCACGUCCCCGUGAGACCUCCAGGGGGCGCCACGAGCCCGCAGCAGCCCUCCGUUCCGCGCCAGGCCGGGCACCUGGGGGCCAGCGCGGGCCGCACGGAGCGCGGCGGCUGAGAACUCGGUGUCAGAGCCAGCCUCAGUUUCCUCGUCUGCAAAAUGGCGAGGUUGUGAGACUUCGCUGAAACGAUGGAGGCAAAGCGUGUACAGAAUGAAAACGCCAGCACAGAGUGAAACUUAGGAAGCAGCACUAUGAUGAGGAUUAAAAGUGAGCCUUGUCAUCAAAUCAAGAACCAGGGCCGGUGUGGAUGGGGUGGACCCUGGAGGACUUAAAUGACGCUCUAACAAUAAGGUCAGCUCCUGGAGGACGAGGGUCUUUGUUUCUUUGCUAAGAAGGGUGCCAGGCCCCCUGCAGGUUCUCCAUGCAGUGAUGGAACAAAUGGAAUGUGAACAGAUCGCUUGGCACAGGGCUCGCACCAGCACACUGAUGACGAGCCUCAGUGAAACAGAGGUGUACACUGCGAGGCUCAAACUUUCACCAUUUUGGCCCAAGCCUGGGUAGAGGUCAAAGGUCAAUGUGUCCUGCCCACUCCUGGGGAUCAAAGGCUUCAUGGUAGGUGACCUCUGUCCUCAGUGACAUGGGGCCAGUGGCAGCCUUGCAGCUCGGAGACAAGGUCUGCUGGCUGCAGGCAUGCUAGCAAUUUAGGGGGUACCCAUCAGAAGUUGGAGGGCCCGCCAACAUCUGGCCUUUCUAGCCCCGUCACUGUGUGAGGGUUUUCACAAAGGCCAGAGGUCAGGGCUGGACUCCUGGGAGGCAGCCCCAGGUAGGAGGUGCAGGGUGUGGCGGUGGGGCCGGGAGGCAGGGGUCUGGCCUCUGGGGGGGAGCUGUCUCAAGGGCCCCUCCCCCAUCAACAUCGAAAACAUCUGCUGUGUGUUUGUUUGUUGCUCCAUUUGUGGGUAACUGCGAGUCUGUGAGGAGGCGGAGCCGCCCACUGAGGCGUCCUACCCCCCAAGCCCCUGGGGAUAGGCCUGAUUUGCAUAGUUUCUAUUCCCUUCAGUUCAGCCAGGCUGGGGCUGUGGAGCAGAAAAAACGUGCAGAUCAGCCCCCCAGCCAGGUCUUGGCAGAAUGUCAGACACCCACUCCCCUACCCCCUGACCUCCCCUCCCCCUGCUCAGGGCUCCAACCCCUGGGCAGGGCACAUGGGCUCUCUGUGGCUAGAGGCUGAACCCUGCAUGUGACAUCUCGCUUACCUGCUGGCUUCUGCCCAGAUUGAGCCAAUGGCAGGCACCGAGGAGGAUGCCUGGGACGAUGGGAACAGCCAGGGUAAUUCUCCCCAUCUGCUUCUGGCAGCGUCUCCCCCUGGACGUGGCCUCCUUAUGUGCUAAUUUCUAAAUAGUCUCAGCCCUCCUCCCCGACUUGGGUGUCUCGUCUAUAUUAGCAACCCCUGUAUUAAACCCCCUGCAUGUGAGGUACUUUCAUCUUCCUGAGUCGACCCCGACUGACGGAAGGCAGCUGCGAGGGUUUUAUUGAUGGGUUUUGGUGGGAAGAUAAAACUCCCGUAAAGUAAGGUCUUCUCUGUUGAGGGUCCCGUUCUACAAGUUUCCACAAACAUAUAGAGUCACGCAACCCCCACCACAGUCAAGAUAGAGAAUGGUUUCAUCACCAGAAAAUUCCCCUGUGCCCUUUCAUAGUCAACUCCUCUCUCCACCCCCAGGUCCUGCCAACCACAGGCUGUUCGCCUUUUCUAGAACAUCACAGAAAUGGAAUCGUACAGUAGGCUUUUGCGUCUGGCUUCCUUCUCUCGCUGUAAAGCGUUCGAGAUUCGCCCACGUUGCUGUGUAUCACUAGGUCCUUGCUUCCUGAGCCGUUUUCCUUGUAAGGAUGGACGGUCAUCUGUCUAUUGAUAUUCUAGUUGAAGGAGCUGCUAUGAGCUGCCAAUGAGUUGAUAUUUGCCAAGUGCUCAGGACAGUGACCGGCACAUUAUAUACAUGUCAGCUGUUGUUAUUAUGUUGGGGGGGAGCUUGCUGAGAAUCAAGCCUCUGGCAUUCCCCUCUCCCCGAGCUGUGCAUGCUUCUCUUGUCCCAAAGAGAGAGUCCACCCCUCCCAGGCUGGAAGGGCCAAGGCUGCAUCUGGUGGAGACGUGGCAGGGCCUGGCCUCCACCGGGAGCCUCCCCGCCCCAUCCCUGAAGCUGAAAGUGGGCUCUGAGCCCACGGGCGAGUGAGACACAAUGGCUGCAGCUCUGCCGCCUGCCAAGAUCAGCAUCUGGGAAGUUUCUCUGCAGCUGAGGCCCCUUCCCCCAGGGCUGGGGCGAUGACAAGAAAGUGGGACCUGUCUCAGACGCUUCUUCCCAUGCAGUUUCUCCUGCCGAAAGCUGAGAGGCGGGGCUCGGGGGAAAGGGCAGGCUGGGCCUUAUUGAUGUGGGGGGAGUUCACAAAAUUUGGGGCCGGCGGAGGAUGGGAGAAUUCCCCUCACCUGGAUGACAGAGAAGAGCGUUCGUCAUCUCACCAAUGACGGAUGCUGGUCCUGAGUGGUACCCACUGCCCUUGUGUCCUGACCCACUGGGGCAGGAUUUGGGUCCCUGCAUCCGGACUAGGGUGGGGACUUGGGACGGACAAGGGGGCACAGAGCUCUAGUUCGAAUCCCACCACUACUGUGUGCCUCAGUUUCUUCAUCUUUAAAAUGGGGUGAGGAGGAAAAGACAAAACUAUGGAGACAGGGAAAAGAUGAGCAGUUGCCAGGGGUUCAGAGGAGCGGGGACGAACAGGCAGAACACAGGGGAAUUUCAGGGCGGUGAAAGUGUUCUGUAUGACACUGAUGGUGGAUGCAUGUCAUUCUCAUUUGUCCAAACCCACAGAAUGUCUGACACCCCAACGUCAACUGUGAACUUCGGGUGAUAGUGACAUGUCCAUGUAGGUUCAUCAGUGAUACAAAUGCACCCCUCUGGGGCCGUGUUGACCGUGGGGGAGGCUGUGCACACGUGGGGACAGGGCCUGUGUGGAAAAUCUCUGUACUUUCCACUCCGUUUUCUUGUCAACCUAAAACUUCUAAAAAAAUUGUCUAUUAAAAAAGUAGGAUGAUGAUAAUUGUAACACCCACCUCCCAGGGCUGCGAGAACUCGCAGAGCCGCACCCGGCACAGUGUGUCUGCGUCGGUGUCGCGUGAGCAAGCGUUAGCCAUUAUUGCCGGGGACCUGUCAUUAGUGGGGGCCGGUCCUAGUCUCUUCCUUCUGUAUUUCCCCUUCCAGGGAGCUCCCCAAGAAAAGGGCCCCGCUUCUUUCCUCUUUCACUGUUCUCACUCAAGGGCUCCCCUCGGACGGGGCCCAGCGCUCCCCUUGACCCCUCCAGACGAUCAGGAAGUCGAGGCCUCCAGUGGUUUCCAUUGCUCCAGCUUGUCCCCUCAGCUGACCUGGCGGAGGCCUCGUGUGGCCUCAGAAGCAGGAGGAGGCGGGCUCGGGGGGAGGGGGGAGUUGCUUGUGAAUGCGUCUGUGUGUCUCAGGGGACGUCACCUUCGUCUGGUAGCCACGGUCCCUGGAACAGACAGCCGGAUACUCUGUGGCCUUGACAGCAUCCCCGCCCCCAGGUCUCUGGCGGGAUGGCAAACUGCUGAGCCAGCCGAGGGCACUUCCUCCGCAGCCUUCACGUCCCCCGGGAGGCUGAGAUUUCCGCUCCGAUAGCUCCCUGGGGAGGAGAGGACCCAGUUUUCUUUGCGCUUUUCUCCCUGUGGGUUGAACACCUGGUUUCAAGAGGUUGUCGGGGCAACACACCUCACUUGGCAGAGGAUUCAGUGAGGCAUUGCCGAGGUCCGAGUGGACCCCAAGAUCUGGCCCGGGACCCAGCGGACACUGACGUCUGGCUCAGGAAGUGGAGCGAAGUCACUCUGACUUUUCUUUCUUUCUGUUUCUUUUCUCUUUGUGAGGAAGAUUGGCCCUGAGCUAACAUCUGUGCCCGUCUUCCUCAACUUCGUAUGUGGAAUGCUGCCACAGCAUGGCUGAUGAGAGGAGUAGCUCGGCACCUGGGAUCCCAACCUGGGAAGCUGAGCCACCAAAUUGGAGACGGCAGAACUUUAAUCACUUGGCCCCCUGCCACCGGGCUGGCCCCUGCUCUGACUUUUCUUAUUUCCCCAGAAAGCCCUGCUACCCUGUGUUACAACUCUCUCAAGAAAUCUCCUAAUUUCUUUGUCUCCUCCAUCGGACUGUCAGCUCGGGAUGGCAGCCACCAAUGAGGGAUCAUCAGAGCUCUGACAGCCCCAUGGCCCCGGCCGGCCACUGAGCCCCACCAUGGGCAGCCUGUACUCGGAGUACCUCAGCCCCAGCAAGGUCCUGGAACACUAUAAUUACACCAAGGAGACGCUGGACACGCAGGAGGCCUCCCGCCAGGUGGCCUCGAGCCUGAUCAUCCUCCUCUGCUGUGCCAUCGUGCUGGAGAACCUGCUGGUGCUCAUCGCCGUCAUACGCAACAGUAAGUUCCACUCGGCCAUGUACCUGUUCCUGGGCAACCUGGCCGCCUCGGACCUGCUGGCGGGCGUGGCCUUUGUCGCCAACACUUUGCUCUCAGGCCCGGUCACGCUGCGCCUGACACCUGUACAGUGGUUCGCCCGCGAGGGCUCUGCCUUCAUCACGCUCUCCGCCUCCGUCUUCAGCCUCCUGGCCAUCGCCAUCGAGCGGCACGUGGCCAUUGCCAAGGUCAAGGUCUACGGCAGCGACAAGAGCUGUCGCAUGCUGCUGCUCAUCGGCGCCUCGUGGCUCAUCUCGCUGGUUCUCGGGGGCCUGCCCAUCCUUGGCUGGAACUGUCUGGGCCUCCUGGAGGCCUGCUCCACCGUUCUGCCGCUCUACGCCAAGCAGUACGUGCUCUGCGUGGUCUCCAUCUUUUCCAUUAUCUUGUUGGCCAUCGUGGUGCUGUACAUCCGCAUCUACUGCGUGGUCCGCUCCAGCCAUCCCGAUGUGACUGGCCCACAGACGUUGGCCCUGCUCAAGACGGUCACCAUCGUGCUGGGCGUUUUCAUCGUCUGCUGGCUGCCCGCCUUUAGCAUCCUCCUCCUGGACUACGCCUGUCCCGUCCGGGCCUGCCCCAUCCUCUACAAGGCCCAGUACUUCUUUGCCUUCGCCACCCUCAACUCACUGCUCAACCCUGUCAUCUACACGUGGCGCAGCCAGGACCUGCGGCAGGAGGUGUUGCGGCUGCUGCUGUGCUGGCGGCCUGCGGCGAGGAUGCAGGGACGGCGGGCCGGGACCCCAGGCCACAGCCUCCUGCCCCUCCGCAGCUCCAGCUCCCUGGAGAGGAGCACGCACAUGCCCAUAUCACCCACGUGUCUGGAGGGCAACACGGAGGUCUGAGGGACAAGAGGGCCGACAGCUGGGCCACGGCAGGGCGCCCCGUGGAGAGGCACCGAGUGACCUCAGACAGACACGUGGGGCUGCCAAGCAAGAUGUCCCCAUGCUGCAGACCUGGGGGAUACAGAAAAUGUUUUACACUUGGGCCGGCCAGCUGCGGCACUGACCAGUCAGAUGGCAGAGCUCCUGUCAGGUCCUGGAGGCCGGUGCAGGGACCUGUGGGGCCUCUUUAGGACUAGAUCAUGGGGAGGUCUGGGGAGAGCUGGGAAGGGCCUGGAUGACAGCAGGCAGGCAUUCACGAGGGGCCCCAGGAAGGAGCAAUUUACAACCCGGUACAAAGGAUUUCAACAUUUCACGACUGCCUGACACUCCACCCUGUGCCAGCCUCCUCCAAAUUUACCCCCUUGCCACCUUUUCCUGGCAACCUCCAGCCACUUCCCUGGAACCACUGUCCCGAGGGGCUGACGGCCCCGGCUAACAGUUCCCGGGCUCCAAUCCACAGCUUCCUCAAAUUUCACCACCUGCCACUGUGGCCGCUUCCUUUUCCUCUCACUCCACAAGAUGCUGGGAAACCACAGGGUGGAGGUCGGGUCGUGGGCAGGGGGCGGGUGGAGGGGGCCAGACCCCAUUCUCAGACCUCAUUGGCCAAUUGCACUAUUUGGGGCGCAGAGGAAUCACCAAGGACUGGAAAAACCGGUCUAGGGGGCCUGAGGAGGGCCUCAGGGUGGAAGUGGAGAAAGUUCUAGAGGGAGCUGUCUGCUCAGGACCCCCCACCCCCCAAAAACAACCACCCCCAAGCUACUCCCGCCUCGGGUCCCAGGCAAGGUACCAGGUCUUCUAAGGCGGGGCAGCCUGGAGCCCGCUGUGUGUCCUUUCACGUUGUAUUGAACGGAACAUGCGGUGGGGGUGCCCAGGACAUUUUUGGGGUGUUCUUCCCCUAACCUGCCCCGGAAGGACUUUCCUAAGUUCCGUGGAUGGAUGGAAGGGACAUUGCGGUACAAAUGUAUAUUUAUGUGUGUGUCUGUUUGUCUGUGUCUGUGUGCACGUCUGGGCGUGAUGUCUGUGACCCCCCUCCCCCGCCACAUCCCCCCAGAAGGGAUGCUGUUCUGUCUCCCCCUGUCCGUGUCGAAGCUGCCAAAGAGGGCCCUGGCCCUGCACAGACACCUUUCAUUGCUGGCUCAUCUGCCCCUUUGAGAGCUUGGGGAAGGAAACCUCACACCUCAGAGGGGUGUCGUGAAUGCACAGGCUGGGGAGGGGGGCCUUUGGGGGGCCAGGAGCCAGCUGGGGGCUUGUCUCCCCUCACACAGCUCCCCAGAGGCCCCUCGUGCCUGACACCAGGUGCACCCCAAUCAAUAAACGGUUCAGUUUCUCUUUC